AUGAAAAUAGCUUUCCUUUUUCUUAGUUGUCUAUGUGCUUUGACCCUCCAAGAGUCUUGGGCGAGAGGGUUCUUGUCGAAAGAUUUUCGAAAGAAACUGCGCCGCCAUUUCGAAAGUGCAUCCCCAGCCGAUGGACCCGAAGCCAUUGAAAAUUCCACAAGUGGCCAAGAUGGCAAUGUGAGACCAGGUUUGGUGCCAUCUUCUUCCGGAGAGGACGGACCUGUAAAUCACACGCCUUGCAAUCGCGGAAUGGCCAACAUUCCCUGUCUGGCGGAUGUGUCGGAAGCCGGAGGCCUAAACCGCAGUGUCACGGAUCUGUAUGAGGAUGGUGCCAAGGUUGGGGUCCAAGCCGAAACCUGGUCUACCACAAGAGACGCCAAUGUAGCGUACUGGCUUGAGAAUCAUAUCAACCAAAUGAGCGAGCGCAUGGCGACGCGCGGAGUGCGUAAAUGGGACCCUGUAUUUCAAGCAUUCUACGUCCACCACAACGGAUUCCACAUCACCUGCCACCCAAUUGGAGAAUACGACGAGGCAGAUAUGGAAGACGAUCGCGAGGGAGUUCGGUGUGAAAUCAAGCUUACGGAAGAUGGCUUAGAUGACCCCUGCGCCUUGGAUUUGAUUGAGGCACACGCUGAUCUAGUAAGCCAGUUUGCCGAUCCAAAUGCCGUUCGACAGGCAAUGGCAGCCUCGCACGAUGCACCCGAUUCUUGCCGUGGAGUUGCUCGUGGUCUACUUUCGUAG